UUCAAUAUUCAAUUAUGGAUUUAAUUAACUAAUUUAAUGUUAUAGUACGUUCUUUUAUAAAUUUGAUAGUAAACAUGCUACAUACGACUUAACACAAGUCCCAUCUAAAUUCAUAAUGCUAUAAAUAUAUGAUCCAUCACAUCCUAUAAUAUAUUCACUCUCUCCAUUCUAAAAGAAUAAAUCUAAGUACGGACUUGAUAUUUUCUAGUAGUACAGUAAAUCUAAACAAGUUUCUCUCUAGAUUUAUUCAUUGUACUAAAAAUGUCACAUUCGUCUCCGGUCCGUACGUUGCUGUAUUUUAGAAAUAGAACAAAUUCCAAGAUUUUGCUAAAUCGGGUGCCCUGCUCACUUUUUCCCUGGGGAUGCAUGUAUGGUGUGGCCGGGGUGGACCACGUGUCGUUGCGUCUUAGUUACCCUUCUACUCCUAUCGCUCGAUCGCCUCGCCUCGCGUCCCCGCGAUUUCUCACUCGCCAUCGCCGACGACGAGAUCCUCGCCACCGCGCCGCCCCCACCCCCCUCAUGGCGGCCGCGCGGCGGGUGGCGGGCGGCGGCGGUGGCAGCCUGUGGGGCCCGCCUCAGCCGCCGCCGUCGACCGGAGGGGGCAUCCCCCAGCUCCCCGCCGCGGCCGCCGCCCCAGUGGAGGGCCUCCUCGACGCCCCCUUCUCUUCCUCCUCCGGUGGCGGUGGCGGCGGCUGGCCGCCGCCGCCGCCGCCGCUCUCCGGCACCGCCGUCCUCAUCGGGUACCCCCAGGGCAACUUUGAAACUUUCCCUCAACAGGACUUGGUACCUUUAACAGCACAAGAGGUUCAUUCUAAGUGCAUUACAUUCGGUCGAGCAGAGAACCUGCCUUUUAUCCCUUUGGCGACUUCAGCGCUGGUCUCCCAACAUACUGGUUCUUCUUCUGUAAAUGUGACACCGUUGCAAGAAAUUCUGACUUCGCCGUCGCAAAUAAGCAAUGUCAACACUGAAUCUAUUGGGGUGUUACAAGGGCUCCCAGCUUCAUCCAUCGUUCUGGAUAGACCUACUGAUGAUGGAUACAACUGGCGAAAGUAUGGUCAGAAGGCAGUGAAGGGUGGGGAAUAUCCAAAGAGCUACUACAAAUGCACCCAUCUGAACUGUUUGGUCAGGAAAAAUGUGGAGCACUCUGCAGAUGGACGAAUCGUUCAGAUAAUUUACAGAGGACAACACACUCAUGAACGGCCCUCAAAAAGGAGGUUUAAAGAUUGUGGUGGUAUAUCAGAUGAUUUAGACGAUUUCAGUGGCACCACGGGCACUUCAGUCAGAUCACAGCCUGAUUACGAUGAUUACUGCAGAAAGCCUAUCAUUCCAAGUGGCACCAUGGUUGCUCCUUUAGUGAAAAAGAUUGAAGAUGGUGAUGACCAAUUGUCUGGAUCAAGUGAUAACCAGGAUGAGCAUGAUGAUGAGGUGAGGACUUCUGAUGGAGCUUCCGGUGAUGCCAGUGCAAAUGAAAGGAAUGUGCCAGCCCCAGGUCAAAAGAUUAUAGUGAGUACAACCAGUGAGAUCGAUCUUUUGGAUGAUGGUUAUAGGUGGCGAAAAUAUGGACAGAAAGUGGUGAAAGGAAAUCCUUACCCAAGGAGUUAUUACAAAUGCACCUACCUAGGCUGUGAUGUAAAGAAGCAAGUUGAGAGAUCUGUUGAGGAACCAAAUGCUGUGAUAACUACAUACGAGGGGAAGCAUAUCCAUGAUGUGCCUGCUGCAAGGAACAAAAGCCAUGUCGUAGCCAAUGCCUCUCUAUUGCAGAACACAAAGUCGAAUACCUACUGCACAGAGCAAUCCUACACAACGAUCACUUGCUAGAUUCUGCCAUACAUCCGUCUGAUUGCUCAUAUGUAGCAUUUCUGAAGCUGUGUAUUUUAUCGGCCGUACCCACUAACGAGGCGAUUUUUGGCACCAUUGUGCCAUGUAUUUUUCCUGCUGCAAGCAUACGUUCUCCUAUUUGGGAACAUCCGAAUUGUAAUAUUGAUUUCUGCAAGUGCUAUUUCAAUGGGAUAUGCAGAAGUUGUGAUUUCUGAACCUGAUGGAGCUUCACUCUUGGUCAGACCUUUUAAUGUGUGAUGCUGUUGUACUAGUACAUAUCAACAUGAUUGCUUUUCAGUAAAGCACAUACUAGUACCUGUUAAA